CACCGCCCUUUAGAAAUUUCCUAUCCUAAAUUAGACUCCAACGCUGAAAUCUUAAACCCUAUUCGCCUCUUCCAUCAUCGAUAAAGCCUCUACGACUUUCUCCAUCACAGUAUUGCCUCUACUCCUAUCAAAUUCCACGGCGAAAGUGUGAAAGAAGAUCUAAUCUAAGGAAAAUUGUGGAUAUGGAUCUAGAUGACUUCGAUGAUGCUCCGCCCAAGCCCCAACCUCGACGAUCGCGAUUUGUGCCAAAGAAUUCAAAACUCAAACCUCAACUAUCCAAAGUGAAGACAGAACCUGUUUCUUCUUCUUCUGAUUCUGUGUUUCCGGAAUCCAAUUUUGUUCCUAUAGCUAAAGAGGAAGACUUUGAUUCAAAUCCCAUACCGGUCACUAGUCACAUCUCUAAAUCCAAGAUUGAAGAAGAAUCUAGUACAUGCAAUGUCACACAAAUGGAUGUGGAUAUGAAACCUGUGAUUGAAAAUGAAGAGAAGGACGGAGACGAGUCAAUGGCCAGUGAAGCGGAGGAGGAUGAAGUCAUUCGAGAGAUAGAUGUUUAUCUUACUCCCUCCAUUGAUCCUAACACUAAGCUAUAUGUCCUGCAGUAUCCCUUGAGGCCGAAAUGGCGACCAUAUGACUUAGAUGAAAAGUGUGAAGAGGUAAGAGUGAAGCCUGGAAGUUCAGAAGUUGAAAUUGAUCUCGCGGUUGACGUUGAUUCCAAGAAUUAUGACAGUGAUGCUGCUCCUGGAGUAAAGAUGACAAAGCAGACUCUUUCAACUUCGUGGAAACCAACUCCUUUCUCAACUGGAUAUGCCGUUGGGGUCUUGGCUGGCAACAAGUUGCACCUCAAUCCCAUUCAUGCAGUUGUGCAACUCCGACCAUCAAUGCAACAUCUUACGCCUAGUGAGCCUGGCAAGACAAACAUUCAAACUAGCAUUGCUGAGAAACACGUUAAAACAGGAGUUAAGGAAGAAAAGACUUUAGUUCCAUCAAAUAAGCAGACCAAACCUCUAGAAACAAUGCAAGAUAAGAAUACUGAAGAGGAUUGGGUGCGCCUCAAUUACUAUCCUAGAGAGAGUGACAUGUCAUCGAGAUAUUUACAAAAAAUGGUGGAGGUUGAAGGUUCUUCGAUACAGUUUUCCAUGAGCCCGUAUGACUAUAUGAAAGCGUUGUGUCCAGGCGUGUCGUCUGAAAGUGAUGAAGUCAAAGGCCCCCCAAAAAGGUACAUGAGUUCGUUGCCAUUGGAAGAACGUGUGAAAUCUUGGCUUCGUGAGGGGCCACCUAUUCAUCGUUUCAAUGCGUUGAAGUACCUAGCUCCUGAACUCCCUGAAGAAGAAGCAGCAAAAGAAAUUUUGAGAAUAGUCCAAAAACAUGCACUAUUAAUUCAAGGACUUUGGAUUCCAAAAAGUCCUUUAGUUUUUGGAAAGAACAGCGGCGUAGAACUUCUGGCCAGGGACUAUAUUCUCUUUUUGUUUAGCCAGGCGCCUUUUAUAAAAAAGUCAUUAUUGAAGGACAACUCUGUGUUUGAGAAACAUAUGAAAGACAUUCUGAAUGUACUAGCUGUUGAGAGACCAACCGUCAAGGAUUGGAAGCUUAAAGAGAGUCCUGAUUAUGAGUUUCUAAAACGUUAUAAAGAGGUGGCAAAGGAGCAAGCUGCUAUUCAGGAAAGUAUCAGAGAAAAAUUGCUUAAUGCAGUUCGCACAGAAAAAAAUAAGCGUCGUGGAAGAAAUACUUUAUCUUUAGAGAAUGCCACAACAAAAAACUCCCCAGCAACGGUAAAUUCUGAUAAGCAAGGACCAAGAACUGUGAGUUCCACUUUGCCAGCGACCUCGAUGUCGAAAGAAACUCGAGAAGCUUUACCAAAGGCCCUACUGAAACUUUUCAAGAUUCACAAUGUUUGCAGUUUUCAACAAAUCAUCCAACGGUUGAGAGAAAUGGCUGUUUCUGAGACUGUUCGUCCAAAGGGAGAUGCUAGAGAAUUACAAGCUGCGGCAUUGGGUGUUGAUGCUCCCCCAGAGGAACUCCGGGCAAUUAUUAGUCAGGUUGCUGUUAACAUCCAUGAUGUAUAUGUUCUGAAGUCAUCACCAGAGAGUCCUCAAUACGAUCCAUUAAGGAAAGUAAUUAUUGAUCUUUUCAUUGCGGAUGGUCCCACCGCAAAGCUUAAAAAGGCUUCAAUUGUUGAGGCAGCUAAAUUGAGACUUAAAAGGGAUAUUCCAGAUGCUGAGUUAAAGAAGAUAAUGUGUGACCUUUAGGUACAUGGUUUAAUGGAUGCCAAUGCCAUGUAAAGUGCUUUAGCUGGGUUCGUUUUGGGGGAAUAAUUGGUUUAUGUUGGGGUUUUACUUGCUGUAUAUGUUCUUAAUAUGUUGGUCAGAACCUGAAACAUAAAUUGAAGUUGAUAGACUCCAACUCAACUCCAUAUAUUAUCAUCUUUGUUGAUUUGUGCAAUCUAAUUGCAUGAAAAUUUGGUUUAAUAAGAUAUGCUAUCUCCAUCACAUAAAAUCUUGUGUUUGGC